AUGGCAUGGGGUAGAAGAUCUUGGGGAGCGGUUGGGGUUGGGGCAAAUGGUCAGGGAAUUCUUGGGCUGGGGAAGAUGUUGUUGGGAGCUGGUUAUGGGUAUGGAAAAGAUUUGGGGUGGGGUGGUGAGUGUGACUUGGGGAAUCGGGGCCUUGAGGUUGGGAAAGUGGCUUGGGUGUGGAGGUUGACAAGGUGGUGUGUUGUUGAAUUGAAAGAAAGAAAGAGAGGAGAGAAGAGCGGCGACAACUGGGAUUGGCGGGGAUAG